AGUAAACUAUAAAUUGUUGAUUAUUAUAUAUUAAAACUGCUGCAAACUUAAAGAAAAGCGUGUUUAUUUCCUGCAAUCAUGGAACUGAUGGAAGAUGGGAAUUUGAUGGACAAAGUCCUGAUUCUUAUACAAAGAGACAUGGAAUAUUACAAUAAAAAGCAAACUGUUUUGCAAGAAAUUAUAUGUCCUGGUAUAGUUGGAGGUCGCUUGGAUUUUCCUCGAUCGGCGUCUUUCGCUGCAGUGAAGUUGGUAUUAUGGUGGGAGGAGGAAUUCUUGGCCGCUUAUAGGAGAGGAUCUGGUUUCAUGCAAGGAGAAGUUGGUAAGACGGAGAGCAGCUUAACGACGACCGGUGGAUGCGGAGGUAUCGUGAAAGCUUCGGAUCCAUCGAAGUUUAUAACUUUGAUCACUAAAUCUUCGGACGAACUGCUGGGACAUUUGCAUGUACUCACUCAAGAAGCUUUGGAUCAUGCGGAUUUGACAGUAUUAACUGGGACUAUUGGAGCGGCCGCUUUACUAAAGAAUUGCCUAUGGUGUUACGCACAGAACACCGAGAAUCCUAAACUAGAAGAUGGUGACAAACUGCUUAAAUGCCAGAAGAAGUACCAGGAUAUGGGUGAAGCUCUGGCGGAAAGAUUGCUUGAUCUUCAUUGCAGAUUACUAUCGCUCUAUAUAUUGCAAGAUUCUGAUUCUUUGGAUUGGGAGAAUCAGAAGGCGUUUUGCGAGAACGAAAGAGGCUCGUAUGUUGUGCAAAUGUGGUGGUUGUACAUGCAAGGUACUAAGGAGGAUCUAUGGAAUACUGUCCCACCGAAGAUGGCGCAGAGGGUGUUUUCAGGAAUGCUUAACGAGUCUUUGACGAUUUUGACAGUUCGUUAUUCUCAAGCCAGACCAUCUGAGUAUAGAACUCCUCUUCACACCACCGAUAUUUCGAAUUUGUUGCUGUGCGUUUACAAAUUAUUGCCAUCCAUAUGCAACAGUCGCGAAGAACUUAUGGGGAUGCAUUUGAAUUCGCAGUCAAAAAUUUUGCGAGACGUCCACUCCAAGUGCCAGGAACUAUUGACUUGCCUAAUCUUGAGAGGAUCACCUUUAGAAUCUUUAUACAAGGUAUUCAGUAAGGGACUGGAUAAAGUAUCGAUAUUUAAACCGAGACGAAGCGGAGAACCAUGUCCAUGGUUUGUGUUUGCAGCCCGCGGUCUAUUCCCGGAUUACAGCAAAUGGGAUGAACUGCCGGAAGCGACGGAACUGAUCUUGGAGCUUACCGUCCUAUUAUCACAGCCGCAACCCAAUUGGGCGCAACUCUUGAAAGUCCUUUUAAUGAAAAACUGUAAAAUCUAUUUGCUGUUGUUGACCUGCUCGAUUGCCGAACACUCAAAAUCGAGUUUGAAUCUGCAAACGGACAAGAGCGGCAAGGAGAAAUGCAAUGGUUUCCUGUGUUCGGGCGACGGCACCUGCCGGAACGUCGACACGACUGCGAAUUAUUUGACGGCAACACAUUAUUAUGACCUGAUUUACUCGUUGUCGCACGUAGUACUUUAUUGCGGAAACUUGGGCGACUUUGAGAGGGUGUUAAUGAAGGCGAUAACAGGUCAAGAGAAUUGGUUUCAGUGCUUCGAGCGGCGACAGGUAUGGAAUCAGAUCCGGCCCGCUUGGUAUCUGUCCAUUACCGAUCUAAUACAGCCGCACUUGUCCCCGAUAAUUGGCACUGUGUUGUCGGCCAUGGAGACGGGCGCCAGUAUGUACCAAGCCUGUUCCAUCGUGCUUCAAUCCUUUGUGCAAAUCUGGCAGUGCCUCCAUCCAGCGUUCACACGGAUCACUCAGCUGCUACAGGAUUUAUUGCCGACCUCUGUGACUCCACUCGGGGAUUCGGUUUUAUUGCAUUUAUUGAUUAGCGCAUUGUAUUCGGAGCUGUUGAAGAUGAAGGAGGAACAAGCCAUGGGCUUAGGGGAGGCUUUGUGUGGAGUGGACGAAGACAACAAGCACACGAAAGAGAUACAAGAGCUCUUGGAGGAGGCUACAAAUUGCAUGGAGUACGAGCCCGAUACGAAGGGUUGCAAAAGGGUGGAGGACAAUUUGCAAAUCCUCGAGAUCCUGGUCAGCGAUAUCUUAAUGACGGAUUGUGGAAAGAGAAGUCUGAAGGUAAUUCAACAUUUCGUUAAAAAUAACAGCGAUUGGUUAUUGAUGAAGCUCAGAGGCGGAGACACGGACGGAGCGAAUCUCCCGAAUGUUGUUAACCGAAGAGACCAACCUCUGCUCCAUUUAAUGUUCUUUAUUGGAGAUACUCCAUUCGAUCAGAUGAUGGUGGGUGAAUGGAAGGUAAAUUGGUUGGACCUAUUCGGCGUACCCAUGGGAUUAAGCAAGGAUAGAGUCUUCGCCCAAAUCACAUCUAGAUGGGAGUUCCUGGACUCGCAGUUUCCAAGCACUAGGAGACAAGGAUACAUCGUUCCGCAUAUCUCAUCUUUGUUCAAACAAACUUAGUUUGAUAAUUGUUAAACCAAUAAUGCUUUUAAAUGGGGAUUGAUCCCAAGAAAUAAGUACAUUCAGCUUAAAAUAAAACACUUCUCUUGAAACAAA